AUGGGAAGACACUCUUGCUGCUACAAGCAGAAACUUAGGAAGGGACUAUGGUCACCAGAAGAAGAUGAAAAAUUACUAAGGCAUAUAACAAAAUAUGGGCAUGGAUGUUGGAGUUCUGUACCUAAACAAGCAGGUUUGCAAAGAUGUGGUAAGAGUUGCAGACUUAGAUGGAUUAAUUACUUAAGACCUGAUUUAAAAAGAGGAACGUUUUCACAAGAGGAAGAGAAUCUCAUUGUUGAACUUCAUGCCGUAUUAGGCAAUAGAUGGUCUCAAAUUGCGGCGCAAUUGCCGGGGAGGACUGACAAUGAAAUAAAGAAUUUAUGGAACUCUUGUUUGAAGAAGAAACUGCGGCAGAAAGAUGAGCAGAGAACAUCAUCUUCCAUUUCACCCAAAGAAUAUGCAGUCGAAAUGGAAGGCUCUUGCAACAAAGAGUUUUUCAUUGACAGGUUCAUCACUUCCAACUCUCAUCACACUGAUUUGUUGGGGAGUUAUCCUAUUCCGAUGAGUUACGCCAACAAUGAAAAUGAUGGUAGCCAUUGGUUUAACCAAUCUGGAAAAACUUUUGAGAUGAAAUAUUCUGAUCACUUUCAUUUCAGUUCUGCUACAGCACCAGCAGCAACAACUAUGUUUCUUCCUAACUCCUUUUGCUGCAACAACUCCCUCGAUAUUCCUCCGUCUCAUAAUGUUUCUACCGAGAUAAACUUGCAAAACAACAAUUUUUCUUGGGGAGGGUUGAUGGAAAGUCAUCAUCAUACAGAAGAAGCAAAGUGGGAUGAUACUACUACUACUACUAAUAAUAAUUACUUUCACAAUCCGAUUUUAAUGUUGGCUUCUGAAUCGUUAUGCAAUGAGAUCAAGCCGCAAAUGAAUUUAGUACCCGAUGAUUUCGGGACUAUUUUGCCUCCUACAAAGCAAGAACAGUCGCAUACACAACAAAAUUCUAAUAUCUUUUCUAAGGAUAUUCAGAAACUCCGAGAAGCUUUCGGAGAAAUGUGA